AUGAUUGUGCAACUCCCAACCUCUACAGUUGUAGCAGAAGCAGAAGCUAUUCACAGUAAUACACCAGCUAUUCGCAAUGGAACGUUAACUUCACUUUCGCAAACCAGCGUUCUAAGUGAGACAGAGCUGUACGAUAAUUCUUUUCAAAUUGUUGAGCAACGUCAUCGACGUAAACGAGUAGAUAGACACACUGAACAAUACUAUGAUGCAAGAAAUUCUCCUCGAUUCAGCUCACUUAAUUUAAAUCUUACACGAGAAGCUGAACGAUAUGCAUGCCAAUUUACAUUCCCACCGAUAAAAAUUUUUUAUACUGAUGACAAUGUAACGUUUAGUGAUCAUAUUGUUCGCAAUUUUAUAUCUAAUUUGAAAUCGUUAAAUAAUGGAUGUACAGAUUUAUUAUCAUUCUGGCGGCUAAGCAGUAAUAAGAAAAAUCUCUAUUUAUUUGCGGAUGAUCGAGAGUCAUUUUCACGGCUAUUAGUAGAUCGUGCGUAUCCAAAAGAUAUUUGUGGACAAGCAUAUCAUGUCAAUUAUCCAAAACGUAUUCCUCCUCCGUUGUGCCUUCUUGCUAUAGGUGUUCCAACUUAUUUAACAGAAGAGGAAAUCAUAAUGGAUAUUAGAAGUCAGUAUUCUUCUGCUAGUGUAGUAUUAUUUGAUUCUCCGCAGUCUGUGAGAUCCAGAAAUGUCAAAAUUCAUUUUCGACUUAGUGAAGAAUAUUCUAAAUGUCUACAAAAUGGUUACAUCUAUAUUAAUCAUCAAAAAUUGACUAUCAAACGAUAUUUAGGUACACCACGUGUAAUGAUAUGUAAUAAAUGUCAUGGUUUUGGACACUUUAGGUCAAAAUGUGUAUCAAAAGUUGAAUAUUGUAGUGUAUGUAGUGAAGAAAAAUCUGAUAGUAGUCCACAUCAAUGUCCUAAUUUUGAGAAAUGCAGAAAUUGUGGAAGUACGCACCGUUAUAGUGAUACCAGAUGUCUACUAAUCAAAAUCAAAAUCAAACUGAGUUGCAUGCAAAUUCACCCUAGGUUGCAAUAUCCUUAG